UUUGUUUUACCUUUUUAGUUUUUCCUAUGAAAAUUCAAAUACUUAAUUUUUAUUGCUUAUCGGAGUACCACUAAUCUUUUGUUUCUUUUACAUUUGAUCUGAUGCCCACCUUUUGAUCGCUUGUGCAUUUGUAACUUGCCGCUUUCGUAGGAAUCAACGAUAAGUUCAAUACAGAGUUUGCCCACUGUGCUGUCUGCGCCUGGUUUCUGGAAUUUGGUUAUCGGUUUUACGUAUCGUAAUUUACACCUAUCCUUCCACCCUUAAUUGCUCCGGACGACGUUAGAAAUAUUAAUUACUAUGCAUGUUUUGUGAUUCCGCCUUGGUCUGGCAGAGGCCCCAUCGCUGCUUCACUGCGCAAAUAAUUUCAUAACAGUUUUCUCGUACUGGGGAACGGAUAUCAGAGAUAUAAAGAGCUUGAACAAUGGUUCGCAUAACUCAUAACUUUGGGGAAUUUGGCAAUAUCGAGGUCAUAAAGGGUAUCGAUUAUCCUCUUGAGACCCCUCCGGAAGAAAAAGGAAAUAUAUUCGAACGAUACAUCCUUCCGAAUUAUACAGAAGCAAAGGCGAGGCUGCGUAGAAGUUUUGGAUUCAAAAAUGACGAUCCGGAGCUGUUCUCCGCGGCUGCGCUCCAAGAAUCUCUUGAUGAUUCGACGGCAUGGAACCGCAUUAAGAAUAUUUUCAAAUACGACGCCAACGACCAAAUUUCGGGUGAAUUUCUCAUGAUUAAGCACUCGACAAUCGCUGCGCUGAUUGUUGGUGCAGUUAUGGGAGGCUGGAAAGGAGUUAACGGCAUUCGAGAGCGUUUCAUAAAGUACCACCAGGCGACUAUUUUUGAGCGUGAGCUGGAAGCGCAGAUGAGAAUGAUUGACACCGUUGCUUACCAUGGCUUCCGAAGCGCUCUUAAAUAUGCGUUAAAAUAUGGAUUUUUUAUGUUUUCUUUUACAACCAUUAGUGCGAUGGCAGUUGCCGCACGGCAGGAAUCAGGGAUAGUGGAGAACACCAUUGCCGGAACGAUAACUGGAGUAGUGCAUCGACCUCAUAUGGGAAUACGUGCUGCUGUCACGGCUGGAACUUUGGGGGGCGUUCUUGGAACUUGUGCCGGUGCCCUCCUGUAUGGAUCAAGGAAACUCACGGGGCGAACAUAUGAGGAAACGGCUUACUGGGUUAAGAUGGGACAUGUGAAUCGGUACCGCUCCCAUCUGGAGACCGAAUACGCGAAGCACAAUGGACCUCUUGUUAGUUUGUUCGGUAAUAAAAAAGACGGAACCCCUGCGACUGCAACACCAGCGAUGUCCCCAUUGCUGCAGAGUGCUCAGUCUACUGGUGUGGCAGCUUCUAGGUGAUAAUAAUUAAUUUGAUAAUUGUGUUUGGUGUUUUGUUUCGGCUGUAAAUUGUUUUGGGAUUUGUUCUUUUCAUCUUUCUGGUUGUUGUGUUAACUGCCGUGAAAUCUUGUUUUGCCAAGUAAAGGUUGGUUUUUUCUGUCAUCCGGUGUUUUUUGCUGUGCGUACGAAUCAUGCAGAUUGUGAUUAAUGAAGUGACAGA